UUAGUACGUCACGGGUGGCGUCUCUUCCUCCCCGGCGAUCUGUCGACGACUUUUCGUUUAGUAGCUGUGUUGUAUAGAAGAUGGCGUCAGCUCCCCCGCCUGUGAUUUCAAACUCUUCUAACAGCAACGAAGGCAUUCUUAUAGGGGAUAAGGUGUAUUCGGAGGUCUACCUCACUAUUGAUAAUUCUCUUAUCCCGGAGGAGCGGCUUUCGCCUACCCCAUCUAUGCUGGAUGGCCUCGACCUCCAUACCGAAACUGACCUGCGAAUCCUUGGCUGCGAGUUGAUUCAGUCGGCCGGUAUCCUGCUGCGAUUACCGCAGGUGGCAAUGGCUACUGGACAGGUUCUUUUUCAUCGAUUUUUCUACUCUAAAUCUUUUGUCAAACACAGCUUUGAGAUUGUUGCCAUGGCUUGUGUCAAUCUUGCAUCCAAAAUAGAAGAAGCACCAAGGCGUAUAAGAGAUGUAAUAAACGUUUUUCAUCAUCUUCGGCAGUUAAGAGGAAAAAGGACAGCAACCCCAUUGAUACUUGAUCAGAGCUACAUUAAUACCAAAAAUCAAGUAAUAAAAGCUGAGAGAAGAGUUCUGAAGGAACUGGGUUUCUGCGUUCAUGUCAAGCAUCCACAUAAGAUUAUAGUGAUGUAUCUUCAAGUUCUCGAGUGUGAGAAAAAUCAAACUCUUGUUCAAACAGCAUGGAACUACAUGAAUGACACUCUUCGAACAAAUGUGUUUGUAAGAUUUGAGGCAGAAACAAUUGCUUGUGCUUGCAUAUACCUUGCAGCAAGAGCUCUUCAGAUUCCCCUCCCAACAAGGCCGCAUUGGUAUCUGUUGUUUGGAGCUACUGAAGAUGAAAUUAAAGAGAUUUGCAUUACCACCUUAAAGCUAUACACUAGAAAGAAACCAAAUUAUGAACUUCUUGAAAAAGAGGUUGAAAAGAGGAAAGUUGCCCUUCAGGAAGCAAAGCUGAAAGCAAAAGGCCUAAACCCUGAUGGAACUCCUGCUUUGUCAAACCUGGGCGGAUUUUCUCCUGGGUCUAAACCAUCUUCUCCCAGAGAGGUUAAAACAGAUGAAAAAUCCCCAUGUGUGCAGAAUGUCAAAACAAUAAAAAAGGAGCCUGAAGAAAGACAGAAAAGCUCCAAAAGUCCUCAUAAUGGUCUUAGAAAAGAAAGCAAAAGAAGUCAGAAUAGCCGAAGCAUGAGUAGAUCUCGAUCAAGAACAAGAUCAAGAUCUCGUUCUAGAUCACCAAGGAGACACUACAAUAACAGAAGAAGUCGUUCUGGAACAUACAGUUCUCGUUCUCGAAGUAGGUCCCACAGCAGAAGUAUAACGCCUCGUCGUCACUUGAACCAUGCCUCUCCUCAUCUCAAAUCAAAACACCGAAAUGAUGAUUUAAAAUCUGCAAGCAGACACGGUCAUAAAAGGAAGAAGUCCCGAAGCCGCUCGCGAUCUCGGAGCAAAUCAAGAGACCGUUCAGACAGUAAAAAGCACAAGCAUGAAAGAGGACACCACAGAGAAAGAAGAGAGCGAUCAAGGUCCUAUGAUCGCACACAUAAAAACAAACAUCAUAGCAGUCAUUCAGGCCACAGCAGGCAUAGGCGCUGAAUGGUUUGUUUGGAGGAAGUUGUUAAUAUAGGCAAAGAACUUCACAUUUUUCAUUGUAAAAAUGUUUUUUGCAGUAAUGACAUGCUUUGAUUUAUAAAAGCAAAAUUUCUAUGUUGUGUUCAGGAAAUGUUAAAAGUUUUGCACAGUUGAAUUGGUUAAUACCAGAAAAGUAUAACGUUUGUCUGUAAAGAUGUAGUGUACAGAUAUAAAAAAGGUUUCUGUAGAAGUAUAUCUUAUUUUUUUACAGCUGAAUGCAGGCAUUUAAACCCAUUAUUUGUUAGAAAUGUGGUGAAAUAGUUACACUGGUUUUAAAGUCUGCACGUGUUACUGUCCCAAUUUUUACAAAAAUAAAAAUUGACAUGACUUGAGGGUAUAUUGUUUUGAUGCGAGUAAGAAAUCACAAUAAAGUGUUUAUUUUUAAAAUA